UCCCCUCGCUGCUUUCUUUCCCCCCCCCCCUCUUCGAACCCUAGCUCGGGCAGGAUCCCCCUCCCCCACUCAGUGAGGCGCCGGCAACCGAGAACGGACCCAUCCGAUGUACCCGGAGGAGGAAGAGGUUUGGGAAGAAAAGCAAGGAAAGGCAUCCAUUUUACGGGACUCGCCGCCCUCGCCCUCCCCCCACAAAAAGGCUCGUAAGGAAUGAGGCGGGAGCGACCGCGGCGUUAACUCUAUGGUCACCCGUCCCAACCCGUGGUUUUUUUUGUGUUUGUGUGUGUGUGUGUGUUUUGUUUUUUGUUUUUUUUUCCGGAAGGCUGUCAUGGCGGCGGAGAUGCGAAGAGACCGUUACGUGACCAGAAAAGAGGCCUGGGGAGCGACAGGUGCUGUCACGUGACAGGUCAUCAUGACAACAUCAUCUGAAGAAGUGUUAUUAAUAGUGAAGAAAGUGCGUCAAAAGAAACAGGACGGUGCUCUUUAUCUCAUGGCUGAAAGAAUAGCUUGGGCACCUGAGGGCAAAGACCGGUUCACUAUCAGCCAUAUGUAUGCAGAUAUAAAAUGUCAGAAAAUCAGUCCUGAAGGAAAAGCUAAGAUUCAGCUUCAGUUGGUAUUGCAUGCAGGAGACACAACUAACUUCCAUUUUUCUAAUGAAAGUACAGCAGUAAAAGAACGUGAUGCAGUUAAAGAUCUUCUUCAACAGCUGCUACCAAAGUUCAAGAGGAAAGCCAAUAAGGAACUAGAGGAAAAAAACCGAAUGUUGCAAGAAGACCCUGUUUUGUUUCAGCUUUAUAAAGACCUUGUUGUAAGUCAGGUGAUUAGUGCUGAGGAAUUCUGGGCCAACCGUUUAAAUCUGAAUGCUUCGGAUAAUUCUGCAGCACCUAACAAGCAAGAUGUUGGCAUUUCUGCUGCUUUUCUGGCUGAUGUUAGACCUCAAACAGAUGGAUGCAAUGGACUAAGAUAUAAUUUGACUUCAGAUAUCAUUGAAUCAAUAUUUCGGACUUAUCCAGCAGUAAAACUUAAAUAUGCAGAAAACGUUCCACACAAUAUGACAGAAAAAGAAUUCUGGACACGUUUCUUCCAGUCUCACUAUUUCCAUAGAGAUAGAUUGAAUGCAGGAUCAAAGGACCUUUUUGCAGAAUGUGCCAAAAUGGAUGAAAAGGGGUUAAAAGCAAUGGUCUGUCAAGGAGUGAAAAAUCCUUUAUUAGAUUUAACUGCCUUGGAAGAUAAAUCAUUGGAUGAAGGUUACGGUGUGUCCUUGGCACCAUCCACAUCCAACUCUACAAAAUCAAUAAAGGAAAGUAGCAACGCAGCUAUUAUAAAGCGCUUUAAUCAUCAUAGUGCCAUGGUCCUUGCAGCUGGGCUCAGAAAACCGAAAAUGUUGCCAAAUGAUGUCCAGUCUGAACUGAAGCACUUAUAUGUUGCAGUGGGAGAGUUAUUACGACACUUCUGGUCCUGUUUUCCUGUUAAUACACCAUUCCUGGAAGAAAAAGUUGUAAAAAUGCAGAGUAAUUUGGAAAGAUUUCAAGUUACAAAACUCUGCCCAUUCCAAGAAAAAAUUCGAAAGCAGUAUUUAAGCACAAAUUUGGUAAAUCACAUAGAAGAGAUGCUCCAAACAGCCUACAAUAAAUUCCAUACAUGGCAGUCCCGACGUAUGUUGAAAAAAACGUGAAGACCACAGUGUUUCCAACAGGGGACAAAUUUGCAAUAGCUGUAGGAACCACAACUACUAACUGUGUAGAUCUUACAGAAAUUGCAGGGGAUGUCAGCAUCAUAAGGACUCUUUAAAAUGAUGCUGACUGAGCUUGCACCUUUUGGGAAGAACAGAGGUUAAACUUGAAAACAAAGGAGUUUAAAGGAACCAAAUCAGAAAAGCAAAGUGGCAAACACACACAUACACACACAAAGACACUGUUUACUGCAGUUACUCAGGAACUGCUUUUGAUUUUCAUAAGAGCUGCUUUCAGAAAUAAAAACUUUAACAGAUGUGUAUUAAUAAACUCCAAGGUUGUUCAUUUAAUUUUUUUAAAUGUAUGGCACAGGGUAGAACUUAAUAUUUCUGUUAAUGCUGUCUCCUAGCAUUUUAUUGGUUUCUGUUUGUACUUCUAGAGAUAAGUUUAAAUUUUUACGCAGAUAAACUAUUUCAAGUUCUUAAGGAACCUAGAUGCAAGAGGACAAGUUUUUGUCAUGGUUUCCUUAUAAAAUCAGUCAAUGCACAGAAAUACUUAAUAUUUGAAGGAGACAUACUUGCAGGCAGUGCAGAAUUUUAUGCAGAAUUUUCACCAGCCAUUGUUUGCAUGUUUUCUUUGGAAGGUGAGUGUGUGCUACUACGUUUUCGUUUUGUUUUUUUAGCUUCAUUUGGAGGUGAGAAAGUCAUUUGUAAUGUAAGUGUAAGCACUUACAAAAAUAAUAACUUUUAUACUUUUCACAAAACAAUCUUAAAUGUGUUUUCUUCAGUUCUUUCCUGACGACAGUUAGCGCUGUAUUUGGCGACUAGAUAAUCAUUGAAGAGUGAAUAUCCCAUAUCUUUAAAUAUAUUGGGAAUCCUUACAACAUUAAGAUACAAAAAAGAGGCAGAUCACUCUUACCUAAAAUGUACCUGCCAUGUAUUAAGUACUUGACUUACUAAAGCAAAAGUAAACUUGUUUUGCAUAAUCUGUGGAGUCAGACUCCUUAUAUUUGUUCUCUUAAUGUCUUCCUCAUUAACAAUUUAUUCUUGGACCAAGCAAACGGCUUAGCUUAUAUGUAAUAAGAUGUAUCAAAAUGAUGAGCCAGAGGCUUACAAUUGCAUAAACAAUUUUAUUGGCAGAUUUUAGAAACAUGGGACUCUUCUGUUAUAUCCAUGCCCCUCUCCAUCAAAGAAUACUAGAACUGUAUUACUAAUUUACAGUGGAUUGAGAUAGUGGGUUGCUACCUCACCUCUAUACACUGUAGCACUGAUCAGUUUGUGAGCUGCAAGAGUUACUUACUCCUUAUACAAGAGUACGUACUUGUAUACAUGCUCUUGGUUUAUGCCAGUGAUUUUGAUAGAUUGCAACAAGUAAAAAAUUUUAAGCAGCUACUAUUCUGUAUUUUGGGGUAAAUUUAAGACAUUAAUUUUAAAUUUGCUACUUUGUUUUCAGAGAAGCUGCAUGGUAUAUACUAGAAAACGAUACUUACAUCCACUUGCCCAUUGGGGGGGGGGGGAGAGUCCCUUUGUAUUUUACUUCAGUUGCCCCAAUUAAAAUGAUUUGUGAAAAGCUGACAUUAAUCA